AGCUGAGGAGGAAAUGUCCGCCAUUGGGCCCACUGGAGAACUUGGUCUAAAAGCGUGAGAUUGUGCCCUCUGUGAUUGCGGAAAUGGCGGCGGCCACAGCAGGUCGGGGAAUCGGGACAAAGCUGGGACUGCGUGAGAUUCGCAUCCACUUAUGCCAGCGCUCACCCGGCAGCCAGGGUGUCAGGGACUUCAUUGAGAAACGCUAUGUGGACGUGAAGAAGGCGAACCCCGACCUGCCCAUCCUAAUCCGCGAAUGCUCCGACGUACAGCCUAAGCUCUGGGCCCGCUACGCAUUUGGCCAAGAGAAGAAUGUCUCGUUGAACAACUUCAGUACUGAUCAGGUAACUAGAGCCCUGGAGAAUGUGCUAAGUGGCAAAGCCUGAAACCUCAACUGAGGGUUAAAAGCAACAGCCCCAGAGCCUGGGCUCUGCUGGACUCAGAACAAUAUGGAAAGCUGUGUUCUGUUCCUUAUAAAGCUUGUACUGUAAAAU